AUGGCGGCCCGUCCGCCCUGCCCGGCGCUGUGCCUGUGCCUGGCCGCGCUGCUGAGCCUGCGGGCGGCCAGCGCCCUGCCCCUGGCCCCCGGCCCGCGGGGCGAGGUGCAAGCCGCGGCUUUGCAGCGGCUGCGGGAGGUGUUCGACAUCGAGGAGCUGCCGCCCGACGUGCUGCCCCGCAAGAAGCCGCCGCAGUUCAUGGUGGAUCUCUUCAACAAGGUGGCCGACGCCAACGGCAUCACCCGCGCCCCGGGGCUGCUGCAGGGAGACGUGGUGCGGAGCUUCGAGGACAGAGGUGGGGCGGGGGGUGAAUCCCCUCGGCAGAGCGGCCGCCGUGCCCGCUGCGGGGCCCCCGCACCGCCCGGCCGCCGGCACACGGGCUCAGACCCGGCGGGGUACGCGGCUGGUGCUGCCGGGGCUGGCGGUCUUCCUAAAGGACGGUCUUUUCCAGUUCGCGUGGACCAGCACCACUUCUACUUCGACAUCAGCGCGAUGGAGAAGGGCGAGCAGAUGCUGAAAGCAGAGUUCAGGGUCUUCAAGCUCAAGAUGGCACGUGUGUCCAGAAGGUCCGACGUGAAGCACUUCUGCAAAGUGGAAGUGUAUGAGCUCUUGGAGAGUGGAAGUAAGCCACAGAAAAAACAUCUAAUUGCAUCAAGAUUAUUGUCCCUGUACACAGAAGGCUGGGAAGUCUUCAAUGUCACGCAGACAGUUUCCAAGUGGGUUGGAAACAGCAGCUCCAACCAUGGCUUAUUGUUAACAACGACACACGUAUUCAACAAUAGAAUUGAACACAACCUGAUUAAGUUUGCCAAGAGCCAGGACACUUUGCAGGAGAGUAGAAAUGCUCUCCUUGUUCUCUUCACUAACAGUAACAAACAGAGGUCUCCCAGCUUUGUACUGUCCUCCACAAAAUCAGAAAUAAACCCCGACAAAAUUGAUACUUCACAUGUGCUUCAUGAAAAUGAUGUCAUCAAAAGCAGCAGUGCAAGCAUGGACAGGAGACCUCGAGCUGCCCCAGUCCCUUCUGCCAAAAGCCAGGUAACAGCAUGUCAUCGAAGGGAACUCUAUGUAGACUUCCGUGCUAUUGGCUGGUCAGGAUGGAUUAUUCAUCCGAGUGGAUACAACGCAUUUUAUUGCAGAGGGUCCUGUCUCUUCCCUUUGGGGGAAAGUCUGAAUGCAACAAACCAUGCUACAGUUCAGUCCAUCGUCCAUACACUGAAACUGUCUCAAGAUGUCAGCAUGCCCUGCUGUGUGCCAGAUCAAUUGAAGUCCCUCAACCUUCUCUACUUUGAUGACAAAGAGAAUGUGGUCCUUAAAAAUUAUAAAGACAUGGUGGCAACAAGGUGUGGUUGUCAUUAGCAGCACCUCUUUUUGUCUGCAUUUGGUGUGCACCUGGAUUCAGUUCCCCAUUUGUCACUGAAGAUACCAGAGGAGAUGGUAUUUCAGCUUACAGGGCAGGAGAGCCAGAAACUUAUCUGUACAUUAAAUCCUUUUCCUCUUACCAUGGCUCUGUGGAAAGGUGGCUGACUUUUAAAGAGUUGUGAACUUCAACACCUCCAUGGAGAGCUCUUUGAGUGCCUGUACACCAGAGGAAACUACUAAAAUCAGGACUUCCUAUGUGAAGGAGUUGAAAUAGAUCAAGUUGACUGUUCAAAUUAAGGUCUUGUUCUGUAUAUUAAUGCUCAGAAUUUUCUGUGAUUUAACAGGUGGGGUAUCCUGCCUCAAUCCAGGAUGGGGUGCAGGUGUCUUAGUAACACAACCUUAUUCAGUUUUGGCUGCAUGAUCCAGUAGGGAUGUACAUUCCUACAUUGAGCUUUCAGGGUUUUUGCCCACAGCUCGUCUUGGAGGCCUCUACCACCUGCUGAUGAUGCAUUAUUGGGAAAAGCACUUCUUCCCUGUGCUUUAUGCAGCUCUACCAAAUGCAGAAACCUCCUUGUAAGUCCCCAUGGUACUUGCUAGCCAGUCUGAGGGAAUGCAAAAGUCAGUAUUUGUCUGGGAAUCAGCACAUUUGGCUUCUAACUCAGGGCUGCAACUCUGUAUAAUGAAGGGUCAACCUGUUCCUCUGUAAAACUAUUCUCUUCCACCAUGGUCUGCUGUGGCUAUUCAGCUGUGUGGCACCAGAGAUUGUCUUUGUGUGUUUGCACAGUGGUUGUACAAUGGGAUCCUAAUCUUGGAUCAGAAUACUCAUAGUUUAGCAGGAAGAAAACCAUUAAGCUUUGGAGGUCCAUGGGAACAUGCUGGAUGCUGGCCUGGUCCUGUGUCUGAGGCAAGUUUGGUGGAAUGUGCUCAAUGAUUCACUUCCAUUCUUCCUUGAAGAAUAGGACAUAGACUUGUAAGGGGCCCCCUGGGGUCUUUCAGUCUCACUGCAGUUUCAUGCAAGUAACUAGCCCAGCACAGUUCCUCAGUCAGUUCACUGAGUUGUACCUUUAUCCGGGUUAGGUUUCUUGUCUCUAUUAAUCCUUGAAGGAGGCUGAUUUCUCACAGAAUGUGACAUCUCCCAUGGGUAGAAACUUCAUAGGGAAUUUUUUUACUCCAAUGAGAUUUAAAAAUAUAUAUAUAUAUUUAUGUGAUGUUUUUCUUUCUGUAAAU